CUACGAGCUAAGCAUGAUGUAAAUAUAGAACAUACAAUGGUUUUAUAGGUUUAGAGUUUUCUUGAAUAUCUUAUUUGAUUCUAUAUGUGGCUGCAUAAUAUGCUUACUCAUUUGUUUGCUUUUGGUUUGUGUCUGGUAAUUAGGAUUUAUGAAUGUAGAUUAUAAUUUUGCUUAAAAUUUAUAAUUCAUACUGAGUCUCAGUAUACCAAUUAUCAAGACAGCUCUAAUUAGCAUCAUUCUCCUUAGAAUGCACGAGGUGGAUGCUAACAGUAAACUUUACAAUUAAUAGAUGAGGAGUUCUUUUAACUUUAGAUACUCAAAUAUUUACUUCCUGGAAUAUGCUCUUGGCAUUUCUGUACUUAUAUUUAACAUGGUAAAUUCUUUACCAAAUUACUUAAACAAGUCCUUAAACAGACAUAUAUUUGUCAUGAAUUUUCUUGGUUAAAUAAGCACCACCUUUCAGUCCGUCCACAGAUUAAACUUUCUGACAUAAAUGUUCUUGAUUAAAUGAGCACCCCUUCCAAUCUUUAUACAGAUUAAACUCUUUGUGUAACAAUAUUUCCUAUACAUCUGAACAGGUGAAGAGGAGCUCAUACAGGGUCGCCAGAUCUACUAUUAAAAACAACAGUACCAAAUCCAUCCCUCCUCCAACAAGUUCUGGUGGUGCUUCCACAUCUUCGAACUCAACCAACCAGAGAAAAGGAUCCAACUCAAGUUUCAAGAGCUUGAGGGCUCGACUCCGUCAGAUUUCCACAGCUUUUAAUGACACUCGAACUCACCAAUCCUCAACUGUCAGUCAACGCCUGUGCACAAACCGCAGAGACAUGCGUGUUGCAAGAACCAUCUUCAUCAUUUUCCUUGUUAUUCUUAUCUGCAGUGUCCCUGUUAUGUUGGCUCACAUGUUUGAUAGGAAUGUCAAGCAUCCUGUUCAGUUCUUAGUAUUCACCUUAUUUCUAUACUGGGUACAGUAUUGUUUGAAUGUUGUGAUCUAUGUGCUCAUGAAUCGUCAGUACAGAGAUGCAUAUGUUGACUGCCUAGCUCGUGUAUUCCCACGUUUUAAGCGGCAUCAUGGGCGGAAGUUCUUCUGGGAAAAGGCCAGUUUCUCUUCUAAACCACCUCAGAAUGUCCCUACUUCCACUAGACCCCGACUAGAUUCUGCUGAAGCUGCCGCUGCUGCUGCUGCUGACUCAGUAGGCUCUGAACCAGAGCCUGUAGCUACAGGAAAUCACCCUCCACCCAUAGGGGUCCAGGGUCGUCUUUCUACCAUACCAGAGGGACACAGCAGUUCUGCAGCAAAUGACAGUGUCUUCUCCGAUCCAGGAAAAAAAGAGAAGGAAGUGGAAGAAAAGAACACAGCAGAAGACAACCCUUACUAUGAAGACCAAAAGUGCUUUGAGAGUGAUGCCAGUGACAGUGAGGAUGAAAUUCCUGAGGCAGAGAAAAAGGCACUGAUGGAUGACAGGGAGCACUGGGUUACACAGAAUGGUUCAACUGGUGGAAACCUACCGAACGAUGAAUCAAAAGUAUGAGAAUUAAUGAUUUAAUUUAAUUUUAAGCAUGGAGUUUGGACCAUGAAAAGCAAUUAAAUUACAUUUCCUUUGAAAAAAGAAAAAAAAAAGAAAAUGUGUUACACACAUGAAGAAAACUGUCCCUUGUGAUGCCAAGUGAUCUUGAUGAUCAUUACUGUAAAUAUUCUGUUGUGAUUAUUUUCAAUAUAGUAUACGCAAUCCAAACUGGACUUCAAUCUAGUGUGUGUGUGUAUGUACAAAAACAGUGACUUCCCCUUACUACCAGUAAUAUAUUUGACAAAUGAGUGAUUUUCAUACAAGGUGUAAGAAUCUCUUUAUGAUUUCCAAAUAAGUAGUGCAUUGUGUUUAGGUCAGCAACCUGUAAUGUGAUAAAGUGCCAAAUGUAAUUAAAAAAAAUUUUUUUUCAUGAUAUACACAUAUAGUGUGCGUUGACAUAUGGCUUCUAUGUAUAUAUCUGUUAGUACAUGCACAAGUACAAUACAGCAUGUACAUACUGUAUAUAACUUAACUUCUUUCAGGGAAAAUGAACAUAUAUAAACUCCUGUCAGAACCAUACCUGGCUUGAUCCUACAUCAAUAAAACAUGGGUUCUUCUGCACAUGCUUACAUAUAUCUAUAAAUUUAUACAUAUACAUAUACAGAUAUUGUACAUUUAUAUGUACAGUGUAUAUAUACAGAUAGCAGAAAUCCAUAUGUAUAGUAUAUUUGUAUCUCAUGAAAUUCAGUUAGUCUGUAUAUUUUGUAAUUUCCUGAGGCAGUAAACAAUAUUGUCUUCGUACCAGAAUUUUAAAAAUGAAAACUGUACCAAACACAGAAAACGAAUACACAAGAGUGAUAAGUUUUGAAAAUGAAAACUUUGAUAUAUCUCAGCCCACCACAUGACAUCGUCUUUAAAAACCCUACUACUAUCCACAGUCACUACACAAAUGGUCCCUGUCUUAUGCCAGUGAUGUAUUGAGAGAGCCACCCAAUAGUCUCCCAUUCACCAUUUCAGUCAUUUAUUGUUUUUUAAUCAGCUCUCAUCCAAUAUUUGACAUUCAUGGUACAUCCCACAAUAACCUACUAGAAAUAGAGUAUCAUACUUAGUACUGAAACUUUUUGUUGGAUAUACAGUGUGUACCACAUCAUAAACAAAGUAGCCUACAAGUACUAUGAGACAAAAAACAUAAAUUCUAUAGGUGUUCCUAUAUAGUACAACUUAUUCCAAGAAUAUAUUAAAACAGAAGUACUCAUAAUACAUAACUAAAACAACUCACAGGCUACACUUCAACAUUCAAAAGUUGACAGUCAUCUAAUAUGUUUACUAUCCUAAACUAAACUGUAGCUCCCACUCAUCAUUCAACAUAAAAUAUUUAUCUGUAAAUCUAUUAUGUCUUCAAUGGUAGGUUAGCAAAAUCCUUUGUAAUAAUGCACUGCACAGAAUUCUUUGCCACCCAUUAAAAAAAUCUAAUUGAAAACUUGCAAAAAACAUUU